AUGGUGACAGCGGAGCAAUUAAAAAAAUUAAAUAAUAUCAAUAAUAAGAAAGAUGAAAAUAAUUCACUCACAAAUUCCAAAAAAAUCGAGCCAUAUUCGAUUGAUUGGUUAAUUAAUGAAGAACAACAAAAUUAUGAUUCAAAUGAAGAUGAACUUAAUAUGAUUGAAGUUGGGCUAAGAAACAAAAGAUUACAAUUACUAUUUCCAUUGGUUUAUCCAAAAGAUGAUGAUGAUGAUAAGAAUGCCACAAAUAACUCAAAUUUUCAAAAUUAUACAACCAACCAAGAAAUGGAUAAUAUGAAUGAAACAUCUUCAAUUAAUUUUCCUACAACUAGAUUAAAACCGCAUGAAUUAACAAAUGAAUUGGAGAUUCAAUUAUUAGAAAGUUCAAUGUUUCACAAUAGUAAUAAUGAUAAUAAUUUACUGAAUAGAUUAGAAUUUGAUUCAUUUUCAUUAGGUAAUAUAAGUUCAGAUUUAACAAGAAGUAAGUCAAGUAAAGAAGAAAAAUAUAAUUCAAUUACAGGCGAUGAAAGUUUGAAAUCAUCUGGUCAAUCAAAUAAUUCUUUACGAAAGAUGAAGAGACCAACCAGUAUUAUAAAUAUAUCACCUCAAAAACGAAUAUUGAAUCAAUCAAAAUUUAAUAAUCAACAGAAUAUACAACCACCACCAAUAGUUAAAGAGUCUACUACUAAGACAAGUUAUGUUGAAUAUUUAAAACCAAAACCAUUAAAGAGAUUUAGAUCUAGAUCUCUGUGUGAUUUAGUAUUUCCAAAUCUUAAUAUUAAAAGACAAUCAAGGUAA